UAAUACAUGAAAUAACAUUGAAAAUAUAAAAAAGUCCACGGACUCAAAAAUGUUACUAAAGUUUUUAAGUGCUGUAAAGACACUAAGGAUUACGGGUAUUAAACCGUUAAAGGCUAAAUCAGAACGUAUAAAUGCAUUAAGAAAACAAUAUGAUGCAUUCCUCGAAGAAGAUAGAAAACGCAAGGGUCGUAAUGAUUACAUAAUGGGAUGGCUGGAUAAAUUCCAGACAUCCUCAACAGUUUCGUCAGUACGGUUCCAGGAACGUGCAACCAGUUGUCACCACAUACGACUUCUUCAGCGACCCGAAUAUGAAGAAAAAAAACAAAAUAUUUUAUGCUCACCAAAUAUCAAGCAUCCUUUUGCAGAAAACUUUGAAGAGGCUGCAAUACUAAAAGCAGUGAGCCAAAAGUACAUAUUGAUACCUAAAAUUUCAUCAGAAAAUUAUAACAAUCCCAACGUAUACAAUGAAAAAGCGUUUUCAACGAUAGAGAAUGACUCUGACUGGAAACAUAAAUAUAACAUAUUAGAUGAAUUAAAAGAAGACCAAAAAUCUAGCCAGCAUACAGAAUACAUGGCUAAAGAUGAUACUUACCAUGAUUUACCAACGAAAGACGUGUUGCUUACUAAUCAAAAUUCUUCAUUUGAUUUGAAUAAGGAAAGUCAACCAGUUGAAGAUAUUUUAUGCAAUGAAAAUAUAAAGAAGCUGCCUACAAGUGAAACACAUUUAAAACAAGAUAAUGAAUAUAAAUUGCAUGAAAAAAAUGGUUUGGAUAAAAUAAACAACGUUACAAAUCCAAAUGAAUUUAACAUAGAAUGUGAUCCAAAUGAAAAAAUAUUAGUCAGCGAUUGUUUAGAUAAAAUUGUCUAUAGUGAAAUAUCGAAUAUGCCAGAAACUCAGAUUGCACCACUAAAUGACUACGAGAUAAGAAAGUCAGAUAGUAAAACCAAUAAUCGUGAUGAAUCUCUAAAGGAUAAUAACGAUAACAAGUCUACAGCAUUAUAUGUCACAAAAUCUGACUACAAUACCAUGAACAAUGAAUUGAUAUCACAAAACGCUCAACCAAAUUUCAAUAAUGCAACACAAGAUUACAACUCGUCGUCUAUUGACUUAUCAGAUAGAAAAGAAGUAACAGACUGCAAUAAUUUACCUAUGAAUCAACAAAUUGAAAGUAGUAAGGAUAUACAUAACGAAAACAUGAAUAUCGAGGAACAUUCUUCAGAUGUAAGUGAAUUGAGAAAAAUUCCUAACCCUUCACCUGAAAUCGAAGUUAUGACCCCUCAAACUAUUGAAAGCAAUGUGGAGGACCAAUCUCAGAUACAGGAAUUUGAAACUGAACAAAAAGACUUAUUUUAUCCCGAAGACCAAAAUGUAAAUUAUUCUUACAAUGAAGUGCAGGUUGCAAGUGAUAUUUACAAAAACAAUGAACAAUAUUCAUAUUAUGAGGCUACUAAAGAAGAUCCAAAUCAAUAUGUUACCGACGUUAAUGAACACGAAGAGUCAACUGAACAGUACGAUCCCCAUUACCAAGAACAAUUCAGUACAUAUCAAGACAAUCCAAUACAAACUCCAUAUACUACUGAAGACUAUUCCCAAAAUGAAGGGGUAGAUUAUCAACAACAGCAAUUCUACGAAAAUUAUGGUCAGCAACAAGCAGAUACUAUUUUGGACACUCAACAGCAACUUCAUGAAAAUGCGGUAUAUGAAGAAAAUCCAGGAAAUAUAGAAAAUAUUUAUAUUCAAGAUUAUGCUCAGGAAACAUUGUCACAGAACGAAGUAUUGGAGAAUGUUGUAGAACGGCAACUUAAUAUAGAAGACGGUCUGUCUGGUGGUGACGAAGCGGUAGUAGCAAAUAUAAAUGAAAAAAAUGCUUCUCAAGAAAAGCUUAGCACUGAUUUGAAUGUUGCAUAAAAUAUCGGACAAAGUGACUAAGGGUGGGAUUCAGAAACUAGAAUUAGCGCGAACUAUGUCUUUCGUAUCCAGAUUACUUUACGAUUGCUUAGGCAAGAUAGCUUAACAAGUCGUGUAUGGAGAAAGUCGAUAAUUAAAUUUGUAUGAAAAUUUAUCGACACGAAUUGUCAUUUUGAUACAAAUUAACUUUUGACAUUCUUGACUUUAAUUCUUGAUACACUACUGUUAAGUCAUCUUGAAUAAAGACCCAAUACGUUUCUGGCACGGGAGUCACACUUAGCGCCGCAUUAAUGUGUCGUUUCAGAGUCCUUCUUUUACACUUUAGGUUUCAAAAUAUAAAAUAUGAAAAAGCAAAGUGACAAUAUAUAAUAUUAUAUUUAACUGUAAUAUAAUUUAAAGGUGAAAUGAGAUCGUUCUAAAGUCAGUCAACAAGAUGACACAUUUUUGUCCAACCAAUAAUCCUUUUGAUUUGA